AAACCAACCCACAAGGGGCUUAGAAAUAUGGAUUACAGCCAUUUGUGUCAUCAAACACGACAUGUAAAUUUAUGACAACUGGAGAUAGCGGGGAUAUACGGUGUUGCGUAUCACGAGAUGUGCAUGGCGAUAUCGACAGGUCGACCCCAGAAUCCGGUUCACUUGGAAACGCUGCGCCCGUGUCUCACUGUUCCUGCCCGAUAUCACUGUCGUGGUGUUGGCAAUACUACACUCACUUGUUUUUUUAGGGCAAAGCUCGACUUCGGGGUAAAUUUCCCGACAGGAAUAUCCCCCGUUGAACAUCAGAACAACUCGAUCAGCAAAACAGGUCACCACGACGAUGGGACGUGCUACUAAGACAGAACCUUUUCCAGGGGAAUUAGAGCGCCCACCCCCGUACAACAUCAACCAAGAGAUGAGGUACCCAGAGAUGAGAGACCAAGGCUACUACAUGCAGCAGUCGGGUCCUAGCGCUCCCCAGCAACCCCAACAGCCUUAUCGCAGACCACAACAGCCACCGCCGCAGGCACAGCCACAGUACGAACAAAAUCGCCAACCGCAACGGCAGCAGCAGCAGCAACGCCCAAAGCAACAACAACCACCAAAGCAACAACAACCAAAGCAGCAACAACAACCAAAAUCACGCCAGCAGCAGCAGAGAGGACAGCAGCAGGCCAAGAAGCAGUCGUUCCGGCGGUUCCGGCGCGCUCCGCCGGGCGUAGAGGUCAGUCCCUGCAUCAAGUACACCGUCUUCUUCCUUAACUUGCUCUUCUGGUUGCUGGGCGUGUUCCUGCUUGGGUUCGGCAUCUGGGGCGUGGUCUCCAAGGCGCUGGCCAGCGUGGAAGCCAUCGCGGAGGUAGCCGGCAUCGGUUUUGAUCCUAUGUACGGCUUCAUCAUCGUCGGCGCCGUCAUCUUCUUGCUGGCGACCAGCGGCUGUAUCGGCGCCCUUCGUGAAAACACGUGCAUGCUCAAGUUUUUCGCGUACUCGCUGAUCCUCAUCUUGCUGGCUGAGAUUACUAUCGGGGUGCUGGCUUACUUCUAUCAAGACAAAGUCUUUGGUAUUCUGGAAGACUGGAUCGAUGGCUCCAUUAAAAAUUACUACGAUGAUCCCGACACGCAGUUUAUAAUGGACGGACUGCAGGAGUCGCUACAGUGUUGUGGAUCGACAGGACCUGACGAUUGGGAGAAAAACAUAUACUUUGCCUGCGACUCGCCGGCCCGUUCCAAGUGCAGCGUGCCUUACUCCUGCUGCCAGCCGGAUCCUGCCGCGGACGUCGCCAACUACCAGUGCGGCUUCGGUGCUCUAGAGGAACGGAACCCGGGCGAUCCGCGACCGGACAUCUACUACACCGGCUGCGUGGAAGGAAUGAAGAACUGGUUCGUCAAUAACGCCAUCGUGCUGGGCGUGGCUGGCGGGGUGCUGAUUAUCCUGGAGUGUCUGUCCAUUUGCCUGGCCAAGUCGCUGGUCAACGACAUCGAGUGUGUGAAGUCCUACUGGUAGUCCGGAGCGGAUAACCAACUUUUGGAUUGUUUUCCCACCAAAUUCCAGUCACUAUGGCGCAAACACUGCAAAAAACUGCUGGGUUGAUUCAACUGUUUCUUAGACAAAUUCACUGUUCAAUGCAAAUCAACGAGACAUUGUUUCCACGCUUUUAAUGUUUGAAAAUAAAUCCAAAAAAUGAAGUUUGCCUACUACAGACGAUAAGCACAAAAUACAAAAGGUAAAUUUUACAGAGUAUGCAAAUAUUGGAAGCAUGGAGGCAUUGACAUUGCAACAGUGUCAAAAUUAGCACAAGUUUCUAAUUUGUCAAACCGCGCCGUUUGCCGAAUUUGUAUAAUCCAUAAUUUUUAAUGUGACAACCACGGAGUCGUGAUGACGCCUGGGGCGCUUUGGGUCCAGGACUAGCAUGGUUGGGGCCACUUUGCACAGACAUGGAUCAACUGCGACAAUAGAGGGCACUGUU